AUGGCCACCAGAUCAAGGCAGUACUGCGGGAUAUUGGACUGGAAAACAAAUAUCAUUGAAAACCUUGUCUGCGGAGCCGGGCGGCUCUGGAAUCCAGCGCCUGGGGGAGGCUCGGGACGUGCCUGCCCAGCUUCCACAAUCGCAGGGGCGGGCUGCCAGCGCCAGCAUCGGCAUCCACGACCACUACCACCCCAAUUAACGGAGAGAUGCAGGGAAAGGAGGGCGCGAAGCUGUGCCAGGCUACCGGGCAGAGGGAAGCCGGAGCCCCGGCCGUCCAGGAAAUCGCUGCUGGGCCGGCCGGACCCGACGCACCGAAAGUGAUCGAGUUCUUAUGGUGCGCCCGGCUCUGCGCUGGGCGCUCGAAGGCUGGGAAGGGAUAAAAGCUGCCCCGCCGCCGGGGAAACCCACGGCUCCGGCUUCACGCCUCGCGCGCCCUCCAGGAGCCCAGCGGAACCGGGCUCGGGCGCGCAGCUCGCGGCGCUCUGCGCCCGGCGGGGGACGUGGCUCUUCGCCUGCCUCCCGCCGGCGCCCGGCCACCCGCCCGAAUCUCCGGAAGAAAGUUGCCGCGCGGGGCCCAGAGCGGCGCCCGCCGCGCGCCCCUGCCCACCACUCGCGCGCCCCUCCGCUUACCGCUCCCCGCCGCGGCUUCGUCCUCUCGGGCGUCGCCUCCCAGCUGGGCCCAGGCUCCGGAAGCCCUUCCCGGCCCCCCUCACUCCAGGGCGCCCGGGCCCCCGGCGCCCUCGGAGCCGAGCCCUCAGCGCGCCCGCCGCGCCAUGGGUGCGGGUGGGCGCCGCGCCACAGGAUGCGCCGCUGCAGCCUCGGGCGGCGCUACUGCGAGCAGGGCCGGCGCGGGCGGGUGGGGUGUGGGCGAAAGGGGAGGAGGGCGGGACGCGGCGGGCGCUGAGGCUCAGCUGCAGGGAGGAGGAAACCGCAACGUCACCAGCGCCCCGGGAGGCGAGAACGGGGAGGGAGAAACGGGGACCCCUUCCCGCCGCCGGACCCCGACCUCCGGCCCGCCCCGCUUUCUCUUCCUCCUCCUCUCCCGGGACUCGCGGCUCUCGGCCUUCCCCUCCACUCGGGCCCCGACUCCACGCACCCUUACCCUGCCAGGCCUCUUUGGCUUCAACUUGCUCUAGUUUCUAA